AUGCAGAAAAUCGGAGAAGAUGUAACUAACUACGCAAAUAGGAUUGAGCAACUCCAAACACUUAUCAUAGAGCAAGAGACCAGUGGGCACAGUUGGGAGGUAGCUCAAGCGCUAGGAGCGAGUAUCAAGAAGCAAAGCAUCCAAGUAUUCGUAGAGGGACUAAGACCUCUAAAAGACUUCAUCAAGGCCAGGAAUCCGCUAACGUUAGACAAGGCCAUACACGCAGCAAGGGAAGAAAAACAGGUCAGAAACUCACAAGAAUCGACAAAGAAGUUAUAUGGAGAGCCACACCAAUCCACGAAGAAACCGACUUGUUUUCACUGUAAUAAAGUUGGUCAUAUGGCAAAGGAUUGCAGGAGCAAACCGACAACGACAAACUCAAGACCUUCUUCCACAACGGCACCAAUUAGAAGCAUCGAAUGCAAAUAUUGUAAAAAGCCAGGACACCUGCUGAAAGAUUGCCGAAAAAGGAAUUAUGUAAACUCUAAAAAGGAAGGCAACCAGCAGGAAAACCAGCAGCAAUCGGCCGCCAGUGGUGGGCGCCCGGUGAGCGAGUUAAAAAACACCGGCAACGACAAAUCCUCUACUUCAAAGAAGAAUUAA